UUUUUUUUUUUCGCGCAAAUUCCAAAUAUCGGUUGGCAUGGAAAGGACAGGGCGAGUGAACCCCGGGCUGCGUGUGAUUGGUUAAAUUGAAAAUUCCGUUAAAGAGCUUCCAAGCAUCUCUAUUGUUCCUUAACCAUAUUGAUCAACUUUGUUCGUUCCUCAUAGGUGGUGCAAACCGUGCAAUAUUCCACAGCGCAAUUGAGAGAGAGAGAGAGAGAGAGAGAGAGAAAUUAGCCUAAAAAAACGAAUCUGAGAAGAACAAGAGGGGGAGGAGGGAAGAAGAAGAAAAUGGCUGGGGCUACGAGAGAAAGGGAAAGAGAUCUAGAGCUGCUGAUCCCGGUUGCCGGAGGAGGAGGAGGAGGAGGUGUAGGAAUCAUCGCCGAUAAUGGAGCCUCCAACUCCAAAUCUUCAUCCCCUUCGUCUUCUCCUGCUGCUGUUAUCUCCUCUUCACAUCAUCACUCCGGCAGAGAGGCAUUUGCUAAAGUCAUCCGCAGCUGGGCUUCAAAAAAGUUCAUGAGUGGAUGCGUCAUUCUUCUUCCAAUAGCCAUUACAUUCUACAUCACUUGGGGUUUCAUUCAUUUUGUGGAUGGUUUCUUCUCCCCGAUCUAUAAUCAUCUGGGGAUCAAUAUUUUUGGUCUUGGAUUUGUUACCUCCAUCACUUUCAUAUUCUUGGUUGGUGUUUUCAUGUCAUCAUGGUUGGGAGCUUCUGUUCUUACUCUCGGGGAAUGGUUCAUCAAGAAAAUGCCACUUGUAAGCUACAUCUAUGCUGCCUCUAAGCAAAUCAGUGCCGCAAUAUCACCUGAUCAGACCUCUAAUGCCUUCAAGGAAGUAGCUAUCAUAAGGCACCCUCGCAUUGGAGAAUAUGCAUUUGGAUUUAUCACAUCUUCGGUUGUUCUUCAGAGAAGUGUGGGUGAUGAAGAACUCAGCUGUGUUUAUGUACCCACCAACCACUUGUAUCUUGGAGAUAUUUUUCUCGUCAAUUCUGAUGAUAUAAUACGACCCAAUCUCUCAGUUAGAGAAGGAAUUGAAAUUGUUAUCUCUGGGGGAAUGUCAGUACCCCAAAUAUUGACUACAGUGAAUUCCCAGACCAUUCAAGCAACAAGGAUUGGCAACUUUCCAGCAGUGAAAGUAUAGAGCGGACUAUGAAUGUGAUCAGGAUUGUGUUUUUGUUCUUGGAUAAUUGACAGCAACUCAACCAAUUUUCAUGACACAACAGCGCUAGUCAAACAAGUGUUUCUGAGAACAUGUAGAAGCAUGAAAGUUACUAGCAGAGGCUGGAUUAGAAAAGGUGAUGACACUUCAUGCAUUCAGAUGAAUAGUGGAGAAAUCUGAAGUGAAGUGAAGAACAUCUAGAAAAUAUACAGGCACAAUUAAGGCAGCUCUUAUUAAUUGUUUAUAGUAGAUUCUCUCUCUCUCUCUCUCUCUCUCUCUCUCUAAAUAGUGCGUCCAUUCUUAUUUAUGAAAUAGAGAUUAUACUUUUUUUUUUUUUUAAAUUAUGAAAUAGAGAUUAUAUAAUUUUCAGGUGUUUAGAUUGAACUGAUUUGGCCAAGAUUAGAUUGUUAAAGUCUCAAACUUGACCAAAUUUCGGCCUGCAGUACAAAGUUGUAUAGACAUUGAACCUCAAGGUCUUCAACUAAUAUCUCUAACAUGAGAAAAGUUAAAUACAAGUAAAAAUCUGGUGUAUCUUAUGAA